AUGGCGGAAGGUAGGGAGGAUGAUGUUCCGCUGCGGCUGCUGCGCGCGAAGGAGCAUGAGAGCUCAGCGUCUUCACAGAAGAAGAUGCGAAAGAAGAACUUCAACACUGAAAAGAUCUACAUGUAUAAGAUCCAGAAGGUUGCCAGGUUUUUCAGCGAGCGAUCGAAAUCCGACGGCGAUGCUGAAUUCGCCUCUGCAUUGGAUGAGAAGGGACAGCUGAAAUUGCCGCUCUCUUGGCCGUGCAUCCAGGCUUUGUUCGAUCAUCUCGCAGAGGGUAGGUCGCAUCCUCGGAAAAAAAGGAAAAAGGGAGAUUCGAAUGUGGAAGCGAGCGAGGGCAAAGACGAUGAGGUAGGGGAGGAUGGUGAAUCGCUUCAGAGCAUAUCCGUAGCGACCUUACAAGGAUACAAGAAAGCACUUAAAUUUUAUUAUAGAGAGCAAAAUGUUCCUUUCACAGCAAGAGGACUCGAGGAUUCCAACAAGACUCUGGAUGCAAGCAUUGAUGGUAUCCUUGAAGAACAUGGGUUGCUAGAGUACAAAGCGGAUCGCAGAUCAAAAUCCAAACUAAUGAAGAGUUCGUUGAGCUCACACAGAUAUAUAGAACUUUGCAAGAAGAUUAUUACAUUGGGAUCCGAAGAGAGGGGUGCAGAGCUUGGGUCGAACGGGCUGUUCGGGCAUGUGGCAGCAACUUUGAUGUGGAAUUGUUGUUGCAGCAGCAGUUGUCUUGACGGCCUCAAUCUCGACCAUUUCGACUGGGUUGGAGAUUCUCUCAAGCUGACCAUCAUCGAGCCGGUUGAUGAAGGUCAUGAGGAAAGCUCAAAUUCAAAUCCAGGAGCUGUGACCACAAGGACUGUCAGUGUGUUUGCCACUCCGUUUAGCCCGGAAACUUGUCCCAUUUUGGCGCUUGCCCUAUACGCCUUCACCCACCACAGAUACUGGGAAGGUAACAACUUCUUCCUCGGCUCCGAACAGAAGCAGAGGUUCGGAUUCAUCGUUCAGGGAACCAUUCCGCAGGCAGAGCUGCAAGCGGACGAGUGGCGGGAGCUAGCGACUGGCGUUCCUCGUGAUCAUGCUGCGAAUGUUCGGGCCAAGAGAGAUAUCAAGAUGCCUAUCAAGAAGUCUUCAGGUGUACAGGAUCUGAAGUCGGUGAUUGGCGACGAGGUAGCGAAGCUUCGAAUCGGACUGCAUGAGGACAUCUUGCGUACGUUGAACUCGAGGAUUGAAAAGUUGAAUCCGGAGGGCUCCAAUCGCGACGAGAUUGACAGCUUCAAGAAGGCGAUCACGGAUGAUCUGGUUGCGACUGUCAAUGCUCGAUGCGACAACCUUGCCGGGUCCGUCCAGGCGUUCAGUGAGGCCAAGUACCAGCUGGACACUGAAGAGAAGAAUUCAGGAGUGCACGAGCUCUUCAUUAGCAACUCUUUUGCCGGUGACCUCUUCCUGUGGAACGGAUCGUAUCAUAUCAUCCCUCAAAAGUUCAGAUUCCCGUCCAACGUCAACUGCAAGGCCUUGUGGGAGAGGUGGCACCUGGGUCAGGACAUCGUCGUCGACGGAGUUUCUCGCCGGCUCGGUCCCCUCAAGCGCCUGGCAGAUCCGCAGUACUCCAAGGAACUGAGAAACAUCAAGAUGAAGGGGAUAGUGUCAAAAGCGUGUCAGGUAAUGAACCUUGUGGAGGAGACGGCGAGGAGUCUGGGUCUUGUGAAGCAAGGGGAGCCCAUCUCGGAGAGCAACUUCCUUUACAGCUUCGACCCGGCCUUCGAAGAGGUCGUCAAGCGCCACUAUGGCACUGAAGCUGUCAGCAAUCUGCCACGAUACAAGAAACUGUCGUAUAGGAAAGUGUUUGAUAAGCUGGACGGCGCGUCAGACCUCAAGGAUGACAGUGAAAAUGACAGCUCCAACGAUCCCGACAUGGAUGCGCAGAACGACGACUAGACGAUAAGCCAAGCCGGGCAAACGUGAACACGACCGUAUGAUGAAUUGACUAGUAUCGCUUUAAGUGUAUAAUUGAACUUCUCUAUAUAUG